AUGUUACACACUACCAGAGCUGCUGCUGCUACUAGCGAUCCAAUCCCCUUUUCUUUUUGUUCUCUUCUUUUAUUUUUGAUUAUUUUCUUUUCUGUUUUUCUUUCGUUGUUUAUUUCUCUUUGCUUUCUUUAUGAAUUCUUUUUUGUUUGCUUGCUUUAUUUUUCCUACAAUAAAUUCUUUUCCCUUGUUUAUUCAUUUCCUUUCUUUGCCAAAUCCCAUCUUUCCAUCCAGUUCACUUUUCUUGACUUAACUUUUCCUUUCACUCUUUAUAUCCACCCUUUUUAUUUUUAUUUCCAUCCUUGUUUCUUUUUCUCCCUUUCUCUUUCUUUGCUUCUCACAUCCUUUUUCUUUCUUUCUUUCUUUCUUUCUUUCUUUCUUUCUUUCUUUCUUUGUCUCCCGUUUACCCUCCCUCUCUUUUUUCCCCUCUCCCACUCUCUUUCUUCCCCUUCGUUUUUUCUCUUUUUGUUUUGGUUUUCUCUACAUAUCUUUCUAUUUCUUUCGUUCUAUCUCUCUCACCUUUCUUUUUUUUUCUUUCGUUAUUUAGCUCUCUAUAUUGAUUAUCUUUUUUUUUAUCUUUUGCUCACUCUCUCGUUCUUUUUCUCUAUUUCCUUUUCACUCUCGAUUUCCUUUUCUCUUUCUCUCUCCUUUACUCCUCCAUAUUCUCUUUAUUUGUUUCUCUCGCUUUCUAUUUUUAUUUCCCACCAUUUUACCCUUUCUCCUACUCUGCCUCUCGCUCCAUUUUUCUUUCUUUCUUUCUUUCUUUCUUUCUUUCUUUUUCUUACUUUCUUUGUCUCUCACUCUUACCGUCUCUUUUUCCUAUGUCUUUCUCUCUCUCUUUCCAUUCUUCUUCCUUUCUUUCUUUCUUUCUUUUCCUUUCUUUGUCUUUUUCGUAUAUAUAUAAUUCUAUAUUUUCUCUUUCUUUCGUUCUCUCUUCUUCACACUUUUGGUCACUCUCUCUUCUUUCCCUGUCUUUCUUUUUCCCUAUCUCUUUCCUUUUACCUCUUUUUUUUGCCACUCUCUCAUUCUUUCUCAUUUCUUUGCUUAUAUCAAGUAUUUUCUCCUUUCAUAUUUCCCUCAGCCAAUUAUUGUUAUUUAAAGUUUAGUUUUUGUUUAAUACAUCCGUUUCCUUCUGAAAUUUCAGGACGAAGAGUUUGCAUUAUUCACACCCAGACUAAUGUCCUGAAUAGUAAUAAAUAA